AUGCUACGAAAAAAUAUGAGACAAAAUACACAAUCAGUGGAAGAUGCCAAGCUAAGGACAGCUCUAGAAAAUAUGAGAUAUGCAGCAUGUACUGUUGAUGACAUUAUAUUUUUAAGAAGUCGUGUUGCAGGAAGGCGACCUAACCAGCCAAAGUUGGCUGACAAACAUUUCAGAAAUGUCUCUAUCAUUACUGCUCUGAACUCCCAGAAGGAUCGAAUUAAUGAAUUAGGUUCUGCACGUUUUGCAGCAGAUACUGGCCAAACACUUACUGACUUUUACUCUGUGGAUACACUGGGGGUUGAGUGUGAUCCAGUCACUGGGAAAAAGCCUUGUGGAAGACCUAAGAAAACUGCUGUAUGCAAAACUAUCAGUCCAAAGCUUCAAAAUUUACUUUGGAACUUGCGCCAUUCUGCCUCUGACCAUGUUCCUGGAAAACUUUCACUGUGUAUUGGUAUGCCAGUUAUAAUACGAAAUAAUGAUGCAACAGAAUUAUGUAUAACAAAAGGUCAAGAAGGUCAUGUCGUUGGAUGGGAUGCAAAGUUGGGCCCAAGUGGACAACAAAUCCUUGAAACUUUGUUUGUAAAGCUUGAUCGUCCUGCCAAGACAAUCAAGAUUGAGGGAUUGCCUGAGAAUGUAGUUCCACUAGUAAAGAACAGCAGGUCUAUUGAAUGUAUCUGUCCAAGUGAUGUUACUCUCACUAUAUCUCGUUCUCAAGUGAAAGACUCGUCCAUUUAA